AUGCCUGGCGGAAAGGGAAAGUCUAUCGGUGGAAAGGGCGGUUCGAAGGACUCUGCGGGGAAAGCCCAGAAGUCCCACAGCGCAAAGGCCGGUCUUCAGUUCCCCUGCGGUCGUGUCAAGCGUUUCUUGAAGAACAACACCCAGAAUAAGAUGCGCGUUGGUGCUAAGGCCGCCGUUUAUGUCACCGCCGUCCUCGAAUAUCUGACCGCUGAAGUUCUCGAACUUGCCGGAAACGCCGCCAAGGAUCUCAAAGUCAAGCGUAUCACCCCUCGUCACCUGCAACUCGCCAUCCGUGGAGACGAAGAGUUGGAUACCCUGAUCCGCGCCACCAUCGCCUUCGGUGGUGUCCUGCCCCGCAUCAACCGUGCUCUGCUGCUCAAGGUCGAACAGAAGAAGAAAAACAAGAUUGAGGCUUAA